CGAGCUACGCGUGCGAGCAAGCGAGCAACGAGGCGCUUAAAGCUGCGUAUCCCCCCCUAGUGAUCAAUGGCCAUUAUCCGGUGUGGCUGCGGCUAGUCGACAGCAUCAAUGGCGAAACAAAGUUGACUUGACGACACAAUUGGCAGCCGCUAAAGUAUAACAAGCGGAGGUGGGUGGAGCCUCUCAGCGGCCUCAAUGGAGGAAACAAAGGCGGAGCUCUCCGACAGCCCCUCCCUCUCUGUGUGCUCCUCCCCCUCCACGCCGUCCCCGUCCUCGGCCACGCCCCCGCUGGGCGUCAUCAGCGAGGGGGCGGGUGAGGCGGCGGCGGCCGACGGGGCGGGGCUGCUGAUCGACUCGGCGGUGGCGGAGAGGGCGUGUCGGGAGGUCCUGCACCAGCUCAAGCUGAGACACGUCGACCCCGCCCCCGACGGGGACGGGACGGCUCGGGAGGCCCGCGCCGCCGCCCCGCCGGCGAAGGCGGAUGAGGAAGAGGACUGCUCGGCAAAGGGCGCUCGACGGCGCCAGCGGCACAACCCGGCAUCCAAGCAGUCGUGGCUCCUGCGCCUGUUCGAGUCUAAACUGUUUGAUGUUUCCAUGGCGAUCUCCUAUCUGCACAACUCCAAGGAGCCCGGCGUGCAGGCCUACAUCGGCAACCGACUCUUCAGCUUCCCGCACGACGACGUCGACUUCUUCCUGCCGCAGCUCCUCAACAUGUACGUACACAUGGACGAGCACGUGGGCGACGCCAUCAAACCUUACGUGGUGCAUCGCUGCAGGCAGAGCAUCUCGUUCAGUCUUCAGUGCGCGUGGCUGCUGGCCGCGUACUCGUCGGACAUGCACAUUUCCACGCAGCGCCACUCUCGAGGCGCCAAACUGCGCAAGCUCAUCCUGUCCGACCAACUCAAUCCGGCCGCCGCCCGGGCCCGCCGGGACGCACUGACGCUGAUGCCGUUCUGCGCCGCCCCGCCCCCCGCCGCCGUCCCCCCGGGGCCCGAGCACGGCCUGUCGCCCUCCAAACGCACGCACCAACGCUCCAAGUCGGACGCCGCCGCCGCCGUCAGCCUCAGCAGCAACCUGAAGAGGACGGCCAGCAACCCGAAGGUGGAGAGCAGCCACGAUGAGGAAGGUUCCAACUUGGACUUUGUUGACACUGUCAACGCUGCUCCGGUGCGCCUGGCGCCACAGCGAGAGUUCAUCAAGUCUCUGAUGGGCAUCGGCAAGCGUUUGGCGACGCUGCCCACCAAGGAGCAGAAGACGCAGCGCCUCAUCUCCGAGCUGUCGCUGCUCAACCACAAGCUGCCCGCCCGCGUCUGGCUGCCCACCGCCGCCUUCGAGCACCACGUGGUGCGUGUGCCGCACACCCAGGCUGUGGUGCUCAACUCCAAAGACAAGGCGCCCUACCUCAUCUACGUGGAGGUUUUGGAGGUGGACAACUUCGAGACGUCCAGCGUGCCGGCGCGAAUCCCCGAGAACCGCAUAAGGAGCACGCGCUCCGUGGAGCACCUCCCCGACUGCGGCAUGACCACGGAGCAGCGCGCCGGAAGCUUCUCCACCGUGCCCAACUACGACAACGACGACGAGGCCUGGUCAGUGGACGACAUCGGCGAGCUGCAAGUGGAGCUUCCGGAAGUCCACGCGAGCUGCGACAACAUCAGUCAGUUCUCCGUGGAUAGCAUCAGCAGUCUAGAGAGCAAAGAACCCGUCUUCAUCGCAGCCGGAGACAUCAGGCGGCGUCUGUCGGAGCAGCUGGCGCAGACCCCCACCACUUUCAAACGGGACCCCGAGGACCCGUCGGCCGUGGCCCUUAAGGAGCCGUGGGAGGAGAAAGUCCGGCGGAUCCGGGAAGGUUCUCCUUACGGGCACAUGCCCACGUGGCGCCUGCUGUCCGUCAUCGUCAAAUGCGGCGACGACCUUCGUCAGGAGCUGCUGGCCUUCCAAGUGCUGCGGCAACUGAAGUCCAUCUGGGAGGCGGAGCGGGUUCCGCUGUGGAUCAAGCCCUACAAGAUCCUGGUGCUGUCCUCGGACAGUGGCAUGAUCGAGCCGGUGGUGAACGCCGUGUCGCUGCAUCAGGUGAAGAAGCACAGCCAGCUGUCUCUGCUGGACUACUUCCUGCAGGAGCACGGCACGCCCACCACCGAAGCCUUUCUGUCGGCCCAGCGGAACUUUGUGCAGAGCUGCGCCGGCUACAGCCUCAUCUGCUACCUGCUGCAGGUCAAGGACAGGCACAACGGCAACAUCCUGCUGGACGCGUGCGGACACAUCAUCCACAUCGACUUCGGCUUCAUCCUGUCCAGCUCUCCCAAGAACCUCGGCUUUGAGACGUCUGCCUUCAAACUCACCGCAGAGUUUGUCGAGGUGAUGGGCGGUCCUGAUGGUGACAUGUUCAACUACUACAAGAUGUUGAUGCUUCAGGGCCUGAUCGCCGCCAGGAAGCACAUGGACCGGGUGCUCCAGAUUGUGGAGAUCAUGCAACAAGGCUCGCAGCUGCCCUGCUUCCACGGCUCCAGCACCAUGCGAGGCCUGAAGGAACGCUUCCACAUGAGCCUGACCGAGGAGCAGCUGCAGGUUCUGGUGGAGCAGAUGGUGGUCGGCUCCAUGCGCUCGCUCACCACCAAACUCUACGACGGAUUCCAGUACUUCACCAACGGCAUCAUGUGACAACCACAUUCCAGGAGGACUAUGAGGAUGAAGAUGAUGAUAAUGCAUACCAUGAUGAUUGCAUUCUCAGGUGUUUCUUUCUGUUUUUUUCUUCAUUGGCGUGUCGGACAGCGUUCCGUGGAGAAACGUUCCGUGUAACAUUCCCGACAUGUUUGUCGUGUUUUGGCGUGAGCGUUCUUUUUGUUCGGUUUCAUCCCGUUUUGUUCCGUUUUGCUUUUUGUUCACCGUGACCUGUCAAUCAUCACCUCUACUAAUAUGACCCCGCCCACUUGAUACUGGCAGUCACUGGGAAAUGUCAAAUGAAGUCAAAUGAUAAUUCAAUGGCCUUUCAAAACGUGUACUGCUCAUUGCGCCAUGGACCCAUGAAAAUUAAAGUGUGAUGAAAGGUUUCGCUUGAAA